GGGGGAGGGGAGGCGGCAGUACACAGACCCAGGAGGAGGAGGCUGUCAUGUCGUACGUGUUUAUUAACGAUUCCUGCCAGACCGGGGUGCCGCUGCUGCAGGCCUGCAUCGACGGGGACCUGGCGUACGCCAAGCGGCUGCUGGAGAGCGGCUUCGACCCGAACAUCCGCGACGGCCGAGGCCGCACCGGCCUUCAUGUGGCCGCCGCCCGCGGCAACGUCGACAUCUGCCGCCUGCUGCACAAGUUCGGGGCGGACCUGCUGGCCACCGACAACCAGGGCAACACCGCCCUGCACCUCUGCGGGCAUGUCGACUCCAUCCAGUUCCUGGUGUCCAACGGCCUUAAAAUAGACAUUUGCAACCAUCAUGGCGCCACCCCACUCAUUUUGGCAAAACGUCGAGGAGUAAACAAGGAUGCCAUCAAGUUGCUGGAGUCCUUGGAGGAGCAAGAGGUGAAAGGAUUCAACCGUGGAGCUCACUCGAAAUUAGAGAUUAUGCAAACUGCAGAAAGUGAGAGCAAGCAGGAGGCUCAGAACAGUACCAUCAGAGGCUGGGAAACAGACCAUCAGCCCCUCAGUGCAAUGGAGAGCCACUCGCUCUUGAAUCCAAACCUUCAGAAUACGGAUGGUGUCCUUUCUAGCUUCCGAUCCACCUGGCAGGAGUUUGUGGAUGAUUUGGGCUUCUGGAGAGUUCUGCUACUCAUCAUCGUAAUUGCACUGUUGUCUCUUGGCAUUGCCUACUAUGUCAGUGGUGUCCUGCCCUUUGUAGAAAACCAGCCAGAACUGGUGCAUUAAAACCUCAACACUACCCAAUGUAACUAAGUACGAGUCUGUAUUAGAAGACAAGAACGCUGGCAGACCUGUCGGCUUUGGUAGUUGGCAUUCCAGUUAUGAGAGCUUGUUUGCUACCAAAACUCAACGCUCCUAAUCUUGGCAUCUGUUUUCAUUUUUCAGGCUUAAAUUUUGGUUUUUUCUUUUUGAUUACAGCCAGUAAAAUGAAUAGUUUUGAGAAUAUCACACUACUAAGUCAGGAUGUGGAUUUAAGCCUAGUAGUGAAAAGUAAUCUGAAGGUAGAACUUCAUACUGGGCUUAAGUUGUUAGAUGCAUAUUUUUGCCAUUAAUUGAAAUCCUUAUUUGUGUUGCGUAUAGGCAGAAAUAUCUGUUGAAAUGUGUUUGUUUUCUAGGCCACAGGUCCAUUCUUCAAGAAACUAUAGCAAAUCACAUUCCUGAUGUGUAAAAGUUGAAUAACUUAGAUAUAAGGCUUCAUGUUUUAAGAUUAAUAUUGAUCAUAAUGAAGGAAUGAAAUGAACAUAGACAUAAAUAACUGAAAUAUUUUGAAAGGAGGUCAGAAACAUGUAAAAGUCUUGAUCCACAUCUUGUUUUGUGACUUCAAAUGUUUAUCAGUACCGUCCAUAAAAAAAACCAUGUAGAUCACACAUUUAUGCACUUUUACUUGUAAUGAAAUCAAUUUUACAUGUAUUCAUGGCAAUUGUUAUAUUCAGUAAUGUUAAUGCAGUAAAUACUAAUUACAUAAA